AUGCCAGGUCCAGCGCCUGGCGUGCCAGAAGUAGCGUAUGUGGAACCUUCUGUCCCUCCAGCAGUCGUCACUGUGCCGCCCCACGAAGUCCGAGAACCCGCUCCUGUGACGGCUAUCCACGAGGACGAGGAGCUGCCAGAAUUGAGGGCUCGGCGGAGCCUCGUUAGCAGUCUGGUGGACGUUGCGACAAGGCUGGUAGAUGAAUUGCCGGGAGAACCGGCACGAUCAGUUCUCAAUGCAUUGAAGAUAAAAGCGGCCACAGCUGAAAAUGCAGAAAGGGAUUACGAUUUUGCAAGAUCCCGCAGAGAUCCAAACCUUCCAGGCAUUCGAAAUACGGUCAUCAAUGCAAUAAACUCAUCCAUUGAAGGCUCCCGCAAUGAUCUAUUGCAGUUGGCAGAUCUGGCAAAGUCGUACGGUGAACAAGUGCAUGAGUACUGCUCCAAGAAUUUUUCUUUUACGAAUGUCGAUCGUUUGCGGUAUCCUCUGGAGAAGUGCUUGGAUGCGGUCCCAAUUAAAUUGUCUGUAGCGACGCUGUCUUCGGUGGAAAAUACCGCUCUAACAGUGAUACAGGAGAAUGACACGCAGCUUAGGAUCUUGAGGUCAGCAGAAUUCAUAGAUGAGUGCGAAGCAGAUGAUUUCGUCGAUAUUUACGCAGCCGUUGCUGCCUUGAACUUCAGGAUGAAAAUCUUGCAGCGCUUGGCUGAACUGGAUGCCGCAUUGAACAAAGAUAUUCUAGAUAUGCAGAAGAUGUGGAUGAAGGGGAGGCUUCAGCUCUCCCGGAUACCGCUCGAGGUGGAUGCAAAUUUGGUUCAGGAACUUAAUGUACUAUUCUCCAAGAGCCGUCCAGCACCUCCGGGUCAGACAGCUUCUGGAAUAACAGCCGCAGAUAUGGAAGCCAUAAGGGGUAUGUUUAUUCGGCAGCAUGAGGACGUGCAAGCUAUGGAAAAGGCGACAAGCUUCGACACUGUCGCCGCUAUGUAUGAAAACGCGAUGAUGUUCAACCAAAAGCUCGAAGGCAUAUUGGAUGUGCAGAAGGACAAGUUGCGUGCAGCUCUGGAGCGCCAGCCGCUCACCAAGGAAGAGGCAAAUGCUGCGGCUGAGGCGAUGGCGAAAAUUGCUGACACUGCCGUCGACGAAGGCGAAGAAUGCUGGCGCUACAUGCAGAUUGUGAAUUCAGAGGUUAGCGGAAAAUAUGAAGAGGGACCCGGGGGAUUUGGUGGCAAGGCGUUGUUGCAAAAGCUGACAACUAAGAAAAAAGCCGGUACUGCUGAGCAAGGAGAGAGUGCGUUCUUCCCUGACAGCGCUAUUGCAAGUGAUGUGAAGAAGCAUUUUUCCGAGCAGUGGCGCCGCCUCGAAAUCUUUGCGAAGGAUCAGUGGACGAGGGUGCAAGAUAUGCUGGAGAAGGCGAAGAAGGGGGCAAAGUACAAAUUCGAUAAAGAGGGAUUUGGAUCCACUGCGCUGGAUAAGAAAACGAACCUGAGGGUGGAGACGGCGAGGAAGAAAGCAGAGACAGGGGUCCCGUCAAUGCUAAUGCGAUAUUACAACAGAUUAGGAAAGGAAUUUGAGGCGUAUGAGAGUAUUGUGAACGCUGCAUUGAUUUAUCCACUCCGGCGCGAAUCACAGGCGGCGAUUGAGAUAGGGGAACUGAAGUCACGAUUCGAUUCUGAAAAGACACUGGCCAGGGGAAGCCAAGAUUUUGACCCGAUACCUGAAUAUGCAGCCACAAUGCUACAGACAUGCUUGAAAAUAUGGAGUCUGGUUGAAAUGGAAAGAGCCACUCAACUUAAAGAGGCAAUGGAGAAAGCGCGCGUUGAUCUUCAUGAUGCAGCGCAGGGUUAG